UGGAAGUGUAUGUAGCAUAGUUUAUAGGGAAAGACAGUUGGAUAGCUGAGGGUAAAGGGGGCUUUGCUGCCUUUGCUGCUGUCGAUCAGGAGUAGCUGAGCAGCAGAGACCCCGCUGAAGUGCUCAGCCCCCAGUCUCUUCCUGCCUGCUGGUAUUUCUGUGAUCUGGCUGUUCAGUGAAGAGAAAGAAAAAAAAAAGACAAAGAAAAGCAGGCUGGAGAAAGUUGCCAAGAUCUGGUGUCCUUGGUCUGAGGUGGUUACUUCUGAGGGGGGUGACUGGAAGGGUGUAAAGGCUGGGGGUGGUGCUAGGGAGUUUGUUUUGCCAUGCAGAACGUUUGGGAUCGGACAAGCAGCGUUGACAGUGACAUAACAGGUCAUAUAAUAAUGCUGGGAAAAGGACAAAGCAGUGGAUACCCCCCUGAGACAACAAGCAACACCUUACAGAGCAUCACUCCGGGACCUUUGGACGGUGCUGACAAUAAGGGUCUCCAGUUGGGUGUCCAGCUCCCAGGCAGUUCGCAGACAGGUGCUCAGCAGCAAAACCAGCAGCUCCUCUUGACUCCAGCCAGCCUCCAACUCGCUCAGCUCCAGGCCCAGCUUACCCUCCAUCGCCUGAAACUGGCUCAGGAAGGCAACACAGCUGCUGCGGCCACUGUUCUCAAUCAGGUUCUCUCCAAUGUCAACAUGUCUCAGCCCUUGUUUAAUCAGUUACGGACUUCAACAAUGGUUGGAAGUCAACAGAGUGCCUUCCCCACAGGAGUGCUAGGUUUCCCCUCUUCAAAUUCAGCCUUGGGAGCCUUGGUCAGUGGGGGAUUCAACCAAAAUCCAGGCAAUGUUAGACUGAACCAUCCUUGUGGAGGAGACGCGAUGGGUCAACAGGGCAAUGAGUAUGGGAAAAAGUCUGGGUCGACUUACCCCUCUGACACUGACAGACGACUUCAGUACAACUUAUCUGGAGGGACAUCUGCAGCAUCAGCCACUGCUGGUAACGGGCUGUCCACAGUGAUGAAUACUCAGGCAAGCAACAUGACCAAUGUUGGUCUUCAGCGAGAUUUCUAUAGGCAGGAUAUGCAAGUACAACAAGCUGGGUUUAGUGAGCAGAAAAUGAACGUUUUUAACUCCAUGGGACAUAAAGAGCAAUGGCAAGGUCACACCAACUUGUCUCACACCGGUAUGGUGGAUGUGGGUUCUAAUCCUCCCCCUGCGUGGACACCGGCUGGACAGCCGGCUCGAGCUAGGACUGAACUAUAUAACCCAGAGGAGCCAACCCCUGAUCCGAAGUUAAACUGCAGUAGUGCAGCACUUUCCUCUUUUGGUUCAAGUGGCAUACAGGCUUUAGGACUCUACCAGCGCCUGCAUGGAAAAGAGGAAGCUUUAUCGUCAGGUACCAGGACACUUCAGCCUUAUCAAGUCAAUGAUUACCAUGCUGUUACACCCACUCAGCUGCCACACCAGUGUAGCAUUUGUGACAAGAAGGUCUACAACCUAAAGGACUGGGAACAGCACGUGAAGGGAAAACUACACCUCCAGAAUCGAAUGUUGUAUGCAAAUGACGGUUCAGCGGUGGUAUCAGCUGGAGCUACUCACUAUGCUGUCGGCAGGCCUUCUGAUGGAGGUCUGAACCCCGCAGGAACAAACCCCAUAGUCUGUUCUGCUGCGAGUCAAGAUGUAUCCUCAGGAGCCAGUAUGUCAUACUUGCCAGCUACAGCCAUGAAGACUUACCCCACGCCAGACACAGGAUUUGCCUCACACCAGCCAGAGUCAAAGCCAUUUCCGAUCAGAAAGACCUCUGUCGGUCGAGUCGUCCACAUAUGCAACCUCCCUGAAGGCAGCUGCACUGAGACUGAUGUCAUCAACCUGGGAAUACCCUUUGGCAAAGUUACCAAUUACAUUCUCAUGCGGUCGACACAUCAGGCCUUCCUAGAAAUGGCAUAUGUAGAGGCAGCUCAUGCCAUGGUUCAGUACUACCAACUUACUCCAGCUAUGAUUAACAACCAAAAACUUCUAAUACGAAUGUCUAAGAGGUACAAGGAGCUGCAACUCAAGAAACCAGGUAAAGAUGUUCAAUCGAUCAUCCAGGAUAUUACCUCACAGCGGGAAAGGGAUGAGAUGCAACAACAUGAACACUUUGUACCAGAGCGAGCACGUUCUCGCAGCCCUAUCAGCCACUCUCUAAGUCCUCAUUCCCACAGCCCCAGUUUUACAUCAUGCAGCUCAGCCCACAGCCCCCAAGGGCCACAAUGCAGGGGUCCAGAGAGAGGCUCAGACGGUAUGGGCCCCCACCGGGGCUCAUGGGAGUGGUCGUCACACUUAAGAAGGGGUGAGGACGAAAGGGAGAGGGAUGAUCCGUGGAGGAAUGGGGGCAGCGUGGAUGAUGAUCGGCCUAAUGGUGGACGGGCGCCUGACCGUCGAAAGACCUACCAAAAAUCCUUAGAUCAUCUUAGUUUCAGAUCUACAGAUGAGCGAGGAGGUGGAGGAGAAGGGAUGAGGGGCAGAGACUGGCACCCACGAGGAAGCCCUCAAGGCUCAUCCUAUAAUUCGUACAGGAACAUCGAAGAUGAUUUCUACAAGGAACAAGUGUACAAGUCAGACAAGCCGCUCAGACCUCCAUACCAGCGACAUGACACAAAGCCAAAGAGGAGGGAUGGUGAUGACUACCACUCAAGGUCCAGGCAUUCAGAAUUUGAGAUGGCUGAUCAGACUCUUUGCAGAACACCUGAAAAUAAGAGGCAGAGUUCACCAGACAGGGGCAGGAGUAAGAAAACAAGCAGAAGGUACACGGCUGCAGAGAAAAAAGAGAGAGAAAAUAAAACUGAAAAUACUGACCGCCAGUCAAAAGAAAAAUCAGUUUCACCUCAGCAAAUCAGUAAGACAAAAGAAACUUCUGAAGGUGGUAAAGACAGGGACGCUGAGAAGGAUCGGGAAAGUUGUGACGACACAGAUGAAGAGUGUUGGUAUCCUAAGAACAUGGAGGAACUGGUCACUGUAGAUGAAGUGGGAGGAGAAGAUGAUUCCAUUAUUGAGCCAGACCUUUCUGAGCUGGAAGAGUUUGCAUCCUGCCCCAAAGACUCAGCAGGGGAGCCAUCAGUAGAGGAGUCUAUAUUGCCGUCUUCCUCAUCCUUGGAGGCGGAGCCAACAUCUAAUGAGAAAUCUCCAGAGAUUGAAAAGUCUUGUGGGGAUGCUGGAGACCAGGCAGCAACAACUGUAACUGAGAAACAAGAGAAUGUUACGACUUCAGCCAAAGCGGAAGACCAGAAAACGAAUCCAGUGACUUCUGAGUUACCAGUUGCUAACCUUAGUGAAUUCCCCAGUGAGGAGUUUAAAGCUGCAUUGAAGGAGACAUGCUUUGAAGGUAGUGAAGAAGCCAACAAUGGGCCACCAGGAGAGACUAUGGAAAAUCAUAUCUGUGUAUUAGAGGACAGCAAGACCCCAGUAGUAGGACAGGUCAUGGAAGUAGUCAAUAAUGGAGUGCAACACCAGGAUGAUGUUCAGAAAAAAGACUUUGAGGCCUGCUCACCAUCUCGUGAACAAGAUAGAGCCGUCAGUGAACACGGCAUUCCUUUGGGAGUGGAGUUUGUUGUGCCGAGAAGCGGCUUCUACUGUAAGCUCUGCGGACUUUUCUACACCAGUGAGGAAACUGCAAAGACCACUCACUGCCGCAGCACGGUCCAUUACAGGAACCUGCAGAAAUACCUUUCCCAGCUGGCAGAGGUCAGUCUAUCGAGCGUGCUGACCGAACCUCCAGCUGCACAGUGACGAUACCUCGACCUCUCACCUGCUGCAAAACGAACAUCAGAGGAAGGAUUUCCUAAACGAUCCUAAAGCACAGAUAAUGUGAUACAUGGAACAUGCGGACAAAUACAAGAAUGCUGAUGUUUAUGGGAGAGCAAUGUUUGAAUGGCGCAGGCAAUAGAGGCUUUCAGGUUUGUACAUACAUUAAGUGAAAUGUAUAGUAAGGUUUUAAAAUUUAAUUUCAAUUUGAUCAUUUUUCUUACAGUUUUACUUUAAUGGUUUGUGUGAAAUGAAAUUAAGUUAUAUUGUGGGAAUAAAAGUGCAUUUACAUUUAUCUUAAAUUACCUAGAAAAAAGUCUUUUACAGUUUGUGUUUUGAAUUUUGUCUCGUCAUCACUGAAACAACCGGGACAGAUUUACGUCUGCUAAAUUACUUGAAUAUGUUGGGUAUUAAGUUUAUGAUUUUUUUUUUGUUACAGAGCCUGAGAGCUAUGUGUAUUUAACAAAACUAGACAAUAACAAAAAAACAUUUGUGGCAUUUGGUUUUUUCACUUGUGACAUCAUUAGUGAGGAUGUUUUCGUCAUCUGCUUGUGUUUUAUCUUCUCAUACGUCUUUGCGACGUGAGCUCUCAGGGCCACUAUUUUUUCCCUCAGUUUAAAGACUGAGGCAGAUUCUCAGGUUUAUUGUUCUUGUUAAACAAAUUUCACUGUAUAAAUAAUAAAAUUAACAUUUUUAUUUAUAUCUGAGGCUGUUUUGAGGGUUUUUUGCCCCCUUUCCCCACAUGCGAUUGUGAACUUCAGUAUCCGUCAGGGAAAAUUAUACGUCCUUUAGAUUAAUAAUGUUUCAGUGAUACGAAAGAUCUUUAUUUUCUCUUUUAUGUUGAAUGUAAUUCAUAGGACAAUCCCAGUCAUAUUUGCCAAGACAUGUAAUGCCUUAGAUAUGAAACUUCAACUGGACCAUGUGUUUAACUUAAACAUGAACUGUUUCAUGUUACGACAAUUUGUUACGGAGGGAUUAUCAAGCUCACACUCUGUUUUUGUAUACUGUGAAUACUGAUCCUGUGACUUCAGCAAUAGUAUUGUUUUUCUUUGACAAACUUUUCAUGAUUUUUUGAUGGAAAACACUUGAAUAAACAUUGUGAAUGUCUCAAA